AUCAAAGGUUAAGUGUUCUUCAAUGACAGUCGGGUGGCCUUCUACCCAGAUUUCUCGGUGGAGUUAUGCAAACAGCGCACCAAGUUCACCGAAGUUUGUCUCUGACUACGUACCAAGGGAUACCACUUUGCCAUUUUGUUUCCAGCUUGCCUUAGGGUGGUUGACGGGACUACAAUUAGAUUCUUCACUUCUCCGGAUGAGGCUCUGCAGUGGGCGGAUGCAGCUCCUGAUGCGGCUCCUCCAGACUGAAUUCCAGACUACCUGCUGCUGUCGGACUCUUCUACGCUUUUCAGUCUACUUAGAACCAACACACCAGUUCCAGGAAGGCGACACUGUCCUGGUUAAGACUCUGUGGAAAGGAAAGAAGCCCGGAGACUUCACCUUUGGACCCCCAACCACAGUUGUUGCCGUGACGAAAACGUCGGUUCUCACGGAAGACAGCCCUUCUUGGAUCCACGCCUCUCGGAUCAAACUCGUUCAAAAUUACCCAAAGGAGGUAAUAACGGGGGCAGACAGCCCUGACCUUGAAAGCCUACCGAAAGAUGUACCCGCUGAUGCCCUGGCCUUGUUCUGGCAGAUGGUUGAAGAAACUAAGUCUCCUGAUGUUUGCAUUAAUGACUUUAUUGACUUUGAUACACCCCACGGUGACUCUACAGAAUGAAUUAGAGAGACACCCAAACGAUAAGUUCCUGAAACACCAUAUAAUGUUAGCACAAAACCUCACUGCGAAGGAUUGUUGGAUAUGCACCCAUGCCCCUGUGUCUGCCCAAAGCAUGCCCUACUUUGCUAUCCCUGUGCCCUCAUAUGUAUUAUUUCAGGGAGACUGUUUUGACAUGCUUGCUGACAAGGAGACACCAUAUGCAAAGAACUGAAACACCUCAGUGGGUAUUCCUAUAGUAGGAUGGGUGGGGCAGCCAUGGUGGCAGGGAAACUUAAGCAGCCCAGGCCCAGGACCACACCAAAUGUUGGUCUUCAAAGGGGGUUCCUGGGUAACUCGAGUAGUCACACAUAUAUUAGACCUAGGAGAGAUCCCCACGGAAGGGAUAAAAGUUAGUUUUCACAGGACAUCCGCAAGUGCUGAUCUUCUUAAACCCAGCCAGAUAGAAAGGUACUUACAUGACCCAAGGUGGCCAAAUAACACCCUCUUUACUCAGGCUACUCAAGACGUAGACUGCUAUAAUAUAACAGGACACCAACUAUGCAAUGACACCAACUUACUGAUCCAA